ACACUUAAAUACAUCAAUAGCUCCACAAACUUGGUAAAAACGGCACAACUUUAAUUUGCUGAAUCCGGCCAAUUAGGAGGAUAAAAGCCAAUAAAACUUUUUAAAGUAUAAAAGUUAAAUAAAUAAUAGAGAAAAUGAAACUGACAAAAUCAAUAGGUUGACCACUUUGGACUAAUGUAAAAAAUAAAUGGCAAUAAAUCUUCUUUCGAACUGUUCAGAACAUGAAAUUAGGAUUUCUAAGCGUAAUGUAAAACAAAUAAUAAAGCAUGACGACACUCAGAGAACAAAACAUCUCAGCCCUUGUGAAUCGGGCAUAUUGUCACCAGUCGAGAAGUUUUUUUCAAUAUUGGGACUGAUGCAGAUAUUAAUAUUGGAGUGGUGCCUCUCUGGUCUAGGUGGAGGUUGGAUUGUAGUAUGACUGGUAAAUCAAGAGCCUUAGGUUGUGAGGUCUGGACUGUCUUCACUUACAGGACCAUAGACUAGGCACCAAUCGGUCUAUCACCUUCAGCUCCUCUCUACAAAUUAUUGUGACAAUGAGAAAAUCACUGAAUUCUGACCCAAAGGGAGAAGUCCAUCUGUUUCUGGUCAAUAAUGGCAUAAGAACUGGUUUAGCUGACUCUCCCUAUGCCACUUCAUAUUCAGCUGCAGAUCCCUAAACUAAAGGUUAUGGUUCAAAGACACCAACAUCAUCAAGCUUCCUCUCUGCAACCACACCUUCACAUCCUAAUCAUGGGUCUCCUUCAAUAAUUUUGGCCUGAUGCACCACAAUUCUGACUCUCAGCAUGUCAUUGAAGGUAAACAUCAAUUGCUCACUGACCAGACGGUGGACAAACACACAAAUACAAAUUUAAUAGAAAGAGUGAAGAGUGCAUCAAAUGUAGAGUUAUAACUUUAGGGCUUUCUUAGUAAAACUCUGUUGUCUCUGUGAGUUAAACCAAUGUUGCAAUUACUUUUUCCUUUGAUCAGCUUUUUCAGGACUACAUCAGGGUUGUACUGGUUUAGUUUGCUUUACUUUUUAGACUUUGACAGAAGUCUAAAACUUUAUUGAACUGGUGAUGAUUAUGAUGUCACAGCAGUAAAAAAAAUACUGAACUGGACAAAACAGCAUUUCCAUCCAACUAUUACUUCAUUAUGCUUCAUAGCAAUCCAAUUUAGAAUAACACAGCAUAAAAUAAAAGAGAGCAAUAUCAUAUCCAGAGGCGACUAAAAAUCAAAAAGCUAAAAAGCAGUCCCGCUUUUUCUCUCGUUGUAAUUUCACUGCACGCAAACUUCAAAUGGCUCCGGGGAAGUUUUACCAUCACAUCAUCAUCGUUUAUCGAAGAAAAGCUGUCAUCUUGUGUUUGCCAGACAAAUGUGGGAAACAACUUUCUUUUUUAUCUGAAACGAUGAGCUCUUCUUUUCAACUUAGCUAAAUAUGUGACCGUAAAAGAUGUGAAAAAAGGAGCAGGUCCGGAUGGAAAAACAAAACUCGGAAAUCUAAUAUAUUCGCCAAGAGUUUGAUCAAACAAAUGCAGGCUCACGGGAUUCGAACUUUGCUCCAGAGGCCUUGCCACCGUGCGGAGAAAACAGUCCAAGGGAAACACAGCUGCAUGGAGUCGAGUCUCAUAGGACGAGGUUCUUCUACCUUUCAGUGAAACCCCCACAUCAUUUUAUUUAGAUCAGAUGUCAGGACUGGUGGUUAAACAGGGAGGGGCUGCCCUCACGGUUCCUGUGUGUAUCUGCAUGCGUGUAUGUGCGUGUGUGUGUGUGUGGUUGCACUUAGCCAGCACAUGCAUUUGAGGUAUGUGGCAGAUGUUGCAGAGGCAAGGAUUAGUGUGUGUGUGUGUGUGUGUGUAUACGUCUUUAAGCGUGUGUUAAAAAUAUCUUUGCCACAGCGGGAAGCCAUGGCGGCCAAUUACAGUGCAGCAUCUGGGCUAGCACACAUUUAUUAGCGUGUGAGUCCGCGUGUGUGUAAAUGUGUAAAUGUGUGCGCGAGGAGGUUCAGGCUGAGUUCAGGUUACUCACAUCUUAGCAUGCAGAGUUUGAGAAAGAGCUGCAGCAUGUGUUUAACAGCGACGAGGCUUUGUGUCGGCGCGGCGCAACCUAAACUCACGCACCACGAAAACGACACCAGGGCUGGGGACGAUUACAGGAAGCCAGAAGUGGCUACAUAUGAAAAGGCAAUGAAGACAAUAGGGAGAAUGGAAAAAAAAAGAAGGGAGUCUAAAGAAGGGAGAGCAGAAGAAGAAACUUCAGGGAAAGCAGUUGCUUCUUGGAAAUAUGUUAUGUGUUCUUCACUACACUCUCAGGAGAGAAGAUUUAAAGAUUUUAUUUUUGUUGAUAUUCGCUUCAAAUCUAAACAUUGUCUUUUUAAGAGCCACAUGUUAUUGUGGCAUCAGACUAAGCUACCCAUAAUUUAACUUGGAUAACAAAGAAAUGUCUAUUUUCUUUAAAAAAAAAUAUCGCAAAAUUGUUAGUCUUAAUAAUUUUUCCUUUUCGCAAAGUUGACAAUUACUCAUUAUUCAGCUACAGUAGACUUAAUCGCCGCACAUCUAUGAGUGACAAUGACGCAAAUUGGCAUUUUCUACCUCAGUUCCUCUCCUAGCUGUAUUAAAUGCGAUGAGAACUAUGUGAGGCCACGGUGGCGUGCAAUCAUGCACUAUAAAAGAAGGGAAAUAACCAUUAAUAACCUGUGCACCUCAAAGCCUUCUCUGGUAUUUCAUGGCAUUAAAGGGAAGAAAAAAAAACCCAAUUUUACUUGGACUGCCGAGAUUAAAACCGAGCUUUGUUUUAAUUACUUUAAGGAAUGCCAGAAAGAGGCUGCUGCAGGAGGUGCAAGGCCACUGAUGAGGAGUAAAAACUGCUCUAUUGUUAUUAAUUAUAAUAGGCACACAAGAGCAAGCCGGCCUCCUAUGAGGUGUUCAGAGACUUUAUGUGACCCACAAAUCCCAUUUAUGUGCUGGGAUUGAUUGUAAAACACUAUUUCAUUCCGCUUUUUGUCUUAUGGAGUCUAUAUGCUAGCUGCGUAGUGCCUUACAAAAGUACUGGAACAAUUGGAUGUUUUCAAACUUUGUUUUCAUAGGGAUUUUAUAUGCCAUACCAAGAUAAUAUAGUGAUUCAUUUCAAAGCAGAUGAAAUGUAUAUCCGAUUUUCAACAGGUUUUAUUUAAUCUGAUGUUCUCCAACAAACCUCUGCGGCCUUCACGGAACAAAGAUGUCCCUACUGAGAUUUAAUCGCAAAAAAUAUGAACCAUAUCUCCCAAUUUGGUACGUAAUUAGUUUAGAAUGUAGAGGUCUGACCACAAACUUUUCAGAUUUUUAUCUGCUAAAAGUGUGGAAAAAGCCGACAUCCUCUUUGUGCUCGAUCAUUUCAAAUCACAAUUUUUAUGUUUAUGUUUGCAACAUAUGUUUGCUCAAAUCACCAAAAGAUUCAAACGAAUGUCAUAAAUCAACAAUGCACACAAAAAAAAUGCUUUCAGGUCAUCUUUUUUGAGGUGUUCAGGCUCCACACAGUGAGAAAGGCUACUCUGAUGCUUCAUUAACACUGGAGAGAAGAAAAAGCACAGACCGCUGCAGUGGAUAUAUUGUCGUACAAUGUAGAAAAUGCCCAGUAGGGUAGAAUUAGUGUAUCAGCAUAAAGAUAAAGCACGAAGAGUCAGAUAAUUGUCCAUGCAUUGACCCCUUAACCUCCACCCCAAAGCAUCUUAAUCUGAAUGCCUAUUGCAGCAGUGAAUGUGAGUCUCUGCAUCAGGAUCUGAUUCAUUUGUUUAUGAUUUUUAGUUCACUUUAACAGUCGUUUUGAUAUCUUGUAGUGAAAUCACAGGUAAACUGAAGCUGCCUUUAUGCUUUUCCCAUCUAGCACUAUAAAAAAACAACAAUUAAACAACAACAAAGCACAGGCACAAGUCUGUUGCCCAAAAGCAAAACUGUAACAAAAACAUACAUGGUCAUGCAUUUCACUGAUAUAUAAAGUUGACAGUUAUUGAACUUUUUUCCAAAGUGCAGCGAGGCCUUACAGGCAAAAACACCUCUGUGGGUGGGAGUAUGAAGUCAGGAAGGAAAUCACUUUUCUCCUUUGACUAAAUCACAACAAAAGAAUAAAAGAGUGAAAACACUAAUCUACAUUCUCACCAUGAAGAUAAUUAAGCAGUGCUGAACGCUUCCUUGGCUCCGACCUUGUGUCCUUUGUCCACGAGUUCUGCUGUUUCCUCUGACAUCAGGUUUACCGCUGUCCGUGUACAACUACUGCCCCCAUGCGGCGAAAGCUAGUCAUUGUUUUCCGCACUGCACUGCAGCAAUGCCUGGUUCUCCUCGAUAACAGUUUAAUGCCAGGUCUCUUGUAUGAGAUCACCAACUUAAAGCCACACUGAACUUUUAGUUUUUAUGUUCAGCUGCAGCUUUUCUGCUUAUGUCGGCACCUGUAAGAUUGCUUACAAUGCAGUUCAAUGCAACUUUGAUAUGUGACUGAUUUUAUGUAACACCUUUCUGACAUUGUCAUUAAAAACAAACAAUUGGAUGGUUUUGAAGUAAUCUAGUAGGAAGAACCCAGGUGAUUCAGACAAAUAUUUCUACCUCAGACAUUUUAAAAGUUUAUUGUUAAACGAUCUCUUGUCAAUAUCUGAAUAACCUUGAAGAACAUUGUAUUGCCUUGUUGCUAAAAAUGUGCUAUGUAAAUAAAAUUACCUUUACUAAAGAUAAAUCAGUUCAAAAUUAGUUGUUCACCUCUAAGCUAACAAGACUGAAAUCCAUCAAAGGCGUUUGAGUGAUUCCAACAUACUUUUGAUCGACUACGUGGGGAGCUAUGUCACGUACGACAGAAGAUGGAACUGGUGUGUUUCACCGCUUCAAGGAAAGCAAUUUGGCAAUGUCAGAAAAGAGGAAAGGACAGCUUUAACAAGGAAGGGUCAACAAGUAGAGCAUUUGACAGACUCAGAGACCAUUUAAAGCACUGGUACAAAUUCUUGUGUGAGGACUAGUAACAUGUAUGUUUUUGUAAAAUAAUUGCUAUGAUUUGAGAUCUUAUUAUAGCUUUGUUGUUGCUUGGUAGACUUUUUUUUGUCUACCAAGCCAAAAAAAAGUUUGUGACAAAUGAACCUGGUUAAUUAAAUGACACAACGUUUUAACGGUAUAAAUGUCUCCAUGCUGUGGACAAACAGUCUGAGCAAAAGCUUGAAACCUUUUCUGGACUGUCUUGACUUGGGGCUUUUCAAACGGAGGCAGAUGAAACUCGUUCAUUUGUGCUGUUGUUUCAUCGACGGGUGUCCUCGCUGGAUUCCGGGGCAGGAACAGCACUUCCUGUGCUGCGGCGACACUCUUGGGAAAAGUUCACAGUCCCUGUGCGUCCCUGCAUCAUGGACAGGACGGCUGCGGCGCCGACCCGCAGGGUUUCCUCUCUGCCGCAGUUCAACAGCUCGACCUCCACUUUGGCCUUCGACCAGCAUUUCACCACAAACGCCAAAGGAAUACUUCUUCUGGCGGAGAUACUGAGUGGCAUGUUGGUCUGGAUCCUGAUUGGCGGCACCGAUUACUUCCGCCUGUCGGCUCUUUGCUGGGUGAUGUUUGUGUCCAUCCUGCUUUGGAUUCUGACCAUUUGCCUGUUCAUAAUUUAUCUCACCGGAGUCCACAGCAGGAUACCGCAGAUCCCCUGGACGACAAUGUCGCUGUGUUUCAACUGCGCUGCUGCUGCUCUGUAUCUGGUGACAGCCGUGGUCGAGGCUGUCUGUGUGGGCCAGGCCACCAGGGGGCGACACAACUACAACUGUUGGGCAGCAUCAGCAUUCUUUGCAUUUCUGGCCACACUGUGCUACGCAGGAAGUGGCUACCUCAGUUACCGUUUGUGGAAAACCACAGAGGAAGAACAUUAAGGCCUCUUCAGACUCUCAGGCUUCCUGGUGCGUCAACAGACGCUCAGGGAGGAGGAGUGGACAGUUUCUUUAUCAACCGACGCCGCUGACGCCGUAGUUGAAGAAGUUCACCGGUAAACUAAAUCGACAUGAAGAAAAAAAUUUAAAUAAACAAGAUUUUUGGAGGAAGACCGGAUUUUCAGUAUGUUUGCUGGUUUAUGUUUGUGGCUUCACAAAAUGUUGUAGUAAAAAAAAAAAAAAAUCAAAAGUUUCCAUUUGUCUUGUUUACUUCUAACUAAGUCACUUUGCGCCUCGUUAUCAUCUAGUUAUUGUGGUAAACAAUAACAACUACAUGACUAACACACAAAACAACUUAGAGUUAAUUUGAAAACAUAAUUUUCAAAUUAGUUAUUUUUCCUGCGAUGUCUAUGCUUAUUUCAUCCAGUAGAUUUGAAUAUGAAUACAACGAAUCAUGCAGAUGUGAACAAUGACUCUUUUCACUUCCUCAUCUAAUAAAGAAAAACAAAACAAUUAUACCUUGAAAUAUUUGGAGUCAUUUAUGCAGCACGCUAAAAUACAGUCGUCAUCAGUGUUUCUGGGUUGUAGCUAUUUCAUAAAGUUUGCGUUUGUGUUGCAGCAGCCUGAGCUCUGCGCUGUGGGUAGAAGUUGAAUGGAAACCCAGAAAAAUGAGGAUUAGUUCGAUGGUUCUAUGUGUGAGCUUUUUUUCUUUGUUGUUGUUUUUUUGGUUGAUCUAUCAGAUCGUAGUCUGAAGGAAUUGUUAAAAGUUGAAUGGGGUGUGUAUGCUUUUGCUAGGUAAAUUUAAACAGGCUGUCAUGUUGCUGGUUCAGACCAAAGAGUGUAAGCAGGACAGAAAACAAUAUAAAACCCUUCAAACAGAAGUC